AUGGUGAGCUUCAGCGCCGUUUUGCGCUACGACCUGUCCAACUCAGUCUUCUCGCCCGAUGGACGCAACUUCCAGGUCGAAUAUGCUGUCAAGGCAGUCGAGAACGGCGGCACAGCGGUCGGCAUACGGUGCAAGGACGGCGUGGUGCUGGCUCUCGAGAAACUCGUGACCAGCAAGCUGCUCAAGCCGGGCGCCAACAAGAGGAUAGCCACCGUCGACAGGAACAUGGGCAUUGUCUCCUCAGGCCUGCUCCCCGACGGCCGUCAUUUCGUCUCGAGAGCCCGCGACGAGGCGGCGCAGUGGCGGCAGCUCUACAAGGCCCCCAUUCCCGCUUCGUCCCUUGCCGACCGCAUGGGAAGCUACGCCCAGGCAUACACCCUAUACUCCAGCGUGCGACCCUUCGGCAUUACAGCCAUCAUCGCGGGCUGGGAUUCAGAGGCAGAGCUGCCAGUCGAUGGCCAGGUUGGCUCGGGUCCGGCAACCGGCUCGGGCGGCAAGAAGGAGGGCGCAAAACACGGCGGACCCUCGCUGUACAUGGUUGAGCCAAGCGGACUGUACUGGGGUUACUACGGCGCAGCCACGGGCAAAGGCCGACAAAUCGCCAAGUCAGAGCUUGAGAAGCUCAACCUGUCUGAAGGCCAGCUGUCACUGCAAGAAGGCGUCAAAGAAGCAGCGCGCAUCAUCUAUGUCGCCCACGACGAUAACAAGGACAAGGAGUUUGAGCUGGAGAUGACCUGGAUCAGCAGCACGGACGGACCCACAAAGGGCAGGCACGAGGAGGUACCCAAGGACAUCAGGGAAGAAGCUGAAAAGCUUGCCAAGAAGUCGCUGGAGGGUGACGACGAUGACGACGAGGAGGAGAAGAUGCAGGAAUAGAUGGGCCCACCGGCCGCGUCGCGAAUGCGGCUGCACAGCAUAAGACGGCCAUGCAUGAUAACGAACGGCACAUGAAGUACUUAACGGUGAUAUGAAAAUAUGAUGCCACAUGCCC